AUGUCGCUAUCCAUCCCAUCGCCGCCUACUCCCCCGCCAACCGCCAUGGCCACUCUACCUGGCGCCACCGUGUCGGGUCAGAUCAACGCUGCUACGCGGAAGCAGCAUACGGAGCUUAAUCGACUGCUGAUGCAUCGUCUCCCGCUCGCACUGCCACCGCACGCCGCAACACCGCUGCUGUAUAGCAAAGGCCUUGUCCCGUUCGCUCGCAUCUUCUUACUGUUCGAAAUUGAAUGGGAUCUGCUCGCACGCCAUGUGGAGAAGGGCAAUKACACCGAGCACGAGCGCGCGGUCAAGAAGUGGCUAGUUAAUCUGCGACCCACUGGUCUACCCCGAACUGCUCGCAUCAAGGACGAUAUGACCCAUUUGAGGACCGCGGCCGGACCUGGCAUGUUCRCUACGCCCGAGUUGGGAGAAGCAUGGACGAAAGACAUGCGAUUCCUGAUUCGAGAGAAGCCGCAUGUACUUGUAGCCUUUGCAUGGGUCUUCUACAUGGCCGUAUUCUCUGGAGGACGUUGGAUUCGUCAACAACUCGCGAAUGGCGGAGCGGAGUUCUGGGUACAAGAGUCUGACAUAAUUGUACCCGCAGGAGACGACCAAGUUGCUUCACUCGAGCUUCCUGGAUUUUCAUUUCUCUCCUUCCCUGGCAAUCAGGAUGGCGAGGACCUCAAGGCUGGCUUCAAAGAUCAGCUCGUGGAAGCAGAAACUUUACUCACUUCGGAAGAGAAGCAAGACAUCGUGGACGUUUCUCAGAAGCUCUUUGAUCGUUCAAUCCUACUCGUCAAAGAACUAGACCGGGCUGUCUUGAAAGAGAAGAUUCACGACUCUCUCUGGACUACGCUUCGGUGGAUGUCGAUUUCGGUCGCUCUUCUAUUCUCUCUGCGCUAUAUGGCACGCUCAUACGGCUUCCUUUAA